UAACAUGCUCUGCAUUUAGACGACUGCAUUCGAUGUUAUUGAUUUCAUUGCUGGCCUUAAUCCUGUCCUGCUGCUGUUUAACCACAGCUGCGGCCUUUCAAUUGGAUGGCUCGCAGAAUUCAUUUGCCCAAUUCCGCAAAUGGUAUGUCGGCUUAAAUGGUUCCCUUGAACUGGAAUUUAAAACGGAGCAACCCAACGGUUUGGUCUUGUACACGGAUGACGGCGGCACCUAUGAUUUCUUCGAAUUGAAGCUGGUCGAAGGUGCGUUACGAUUGCGUUAUAAUUUAGGUGGUGGUGCACAGAUAAUAACCGUUGGUCGAGAUUUACAUGACGGACAUUGGCAUAAGGUUCAGGUCAUACGCAAUGAUGAACAGACCUCCUUGAUUGUCGAUGGCGUUUCACAGAGCCGCACCACCAAGGGCAAGGAAUUUCAAUUUGGUAAAUUCGCAACUAACUCCGAUGUCUAUGUCGGCGGUAUGCCGAACUGGUAUAGCACUAAGUUGGCCCUACUGGCCCUACCCAGCGUUAUAUUCGAACCACGAUUCCGUGGCUCAAUUAGGAAUCUUGUCUAUGCGGAUCAACCCGGUGGUCAGACACGGCGACAAGAAAUGAAACAGCCACGCGACAUCAAGUGCGGCGACGGCCCGUGUGAUCACAGCGAAAUGCCCAAAGAAAAAGUGACGCGCAAUUUGCGUGGCAGCAAUGUUACCGAUGCCUGCGAACGUCACGAUCCAUGCCAGCACGGUGGCAUUUGCAUAUCAACCGAUUCUGGCCCCAUCUGCGAGUGCAGAAAUCUAGAAUACGAUGGACAAUAUUGUGAAAAAGAAAAGGCCCCAUCAGAGGCGACUUUUCGCGGUACACAGUUCCUUUCAUAUGAUCUCGGCCAAACGGGUGCUGAACCUAUUGUCAGUGCCCAGGAUGCCAUAACAUUAUAUUUUCGUACCAGACAACCAAAUGGAUUACUAUUUUAUACGGGACACGGCACUGAUUACUUAAAUUUGGCUUUGCGUGACGGCGGUGUUUCUCUAACCAUGGGCCUGGCCAAUGGCAAGCAAGAAAUGCACAUAAAACCAUCCAAAAUACGCUUCGAUGAUCAUCAAUGGCACAAGGUGACGGUCCAUCGGCGCAUACAGGAAAUUUCAUCGAUUACCAGUUUUUGUCGGCUUGUAACUGUUGUCGACGAUGUCUAUACGGAUCAUUCUCACAUAGCUGGGAAAUUUACCAUGCUCUCAUCAUCGCGUGUUUAUGUUGGAGGUGCUGUCAAUCCACGAGCAUUAUUGGGCGCCAGAGUUCAUAAUAAUUUUGUGGGAUGUUUGAGAAAGGUCGAAUUCUCUGCGGAUACAUUAUUGCUGAAUUUAAUUGAUUUGGCCAAAAGUGGAUCGAAACUUAUACAAGUAGCUGGUAAUGUUGAAUAUCAGUGUCCUGUGGGUGAUCCUCAAGAUCCAGUAACCUUUACGACACGGGAAUCUCACUUGGUUUUACCACCGUGGGAGACUGGCAAACAAAGUGCAAUUUCGUUUAAAUUUCGCACCAAAGAACCAAAUGGUUUGAUAAUACUGGCCACCGGAUCGAAGCAGCCAAGAUCGAAAAAUCCUGUUCUCUUUGCCAUCGAACUGCUAAAUGGCCACAUUUACAUUCACCUGGAUUUGGGUUCGGGAGCUGUCAAGGUUCGCGGCUCUCGCCGCCGAGUAGAUGAUGGCGAUUGGCAUGAUUUCACUUUGAGACGCAAUGGUCGUGAUGCUAAAGUUAGUGUCGACGGGGUCUGGAAUGAUUUCCGUACACCGGGCGAGGGCACUAUUUUGGAAUUGGAUGGCCAUAUGUAUGUGGGCGGUACCGGUCCCGCUUAUAACAAUGCCAAUUGGCCGCCAACUAUUUGGACGGCAACAUUGCGUCAAGGUUUUGUCGGUUGUCUGCGCGAUUUGGUAUUGAGUACGAAACAGAUUGAUAUAGCGGCAUAUGCCAGAUUACAGGAUUCGGCUUCUGUAAAGCCAUCCUGUCAUGUGCAAGCAAAUGUUUGUGCAGGUAAUCCCUGUCUGAAUGGUGGAACAUGCGUCGAAGGUUGGAAUCGUCCCAUCUGUGAUUGUACAUCGACCUUGUAUUAUGGACCAACGUGUGGACGGGAAUCAGCUACUUUGGUAUUCAAUGGUACCCAGCACAUGACCGUGUGGCUGGGUAAUGGCCAGGGUACCAAAACACAAACGGAAGAGUUAUUACUACGCUUUAAGACAAGUCGGCCUACUGGCCUUUUACUUAUGACCAGUGCUGAGUCAAAUUCACCAGAUCGUCUCGAGAUAGCUUUGGUAGCGGGACGUAUACGUGCCAGUGUAAGACUCAGUGAUCGUGAAAAGAACCUAUUGGCCGGCCAAUCUGUAUUAAAUGACAACAACUGGCACACCAUACGUUUCUCGAGGCGUGCCUCAAAUCUGCGUCUGCAAGUUGACGGGGCUCCCCCUGUCAGGGGUAUGUUAUCGGAGACCAUACUGGGACGUCACAGUACAAUUGAAAUUCGCUCCAUACAUUUGGGCGGUCUAUUCCAUGCCGAAGAAGAAAUACAAAUGACCUCAACAAUGCCGAAUUUUGUCGGACAAAUGCAGGGAUUCAUAUUCAAUGGACAAAGAUACAUCGAUAUUGUUAAAAGUCUAGGCCCCGAACUUUCGGCAUUACCUAGCGCCACCUUUAAACUAACUGCCCGUUUUGUCAACUCCCCACCAGGAAAUCCAUAUCAUGCAGCCACAUUCCGUUCGAAACAUUCGUAUGUGGGCCUGCCAAUGCUGAAAGCAUAUUCAACCAUAUCAGUCGAUUUCCGUUUUAAGACGGUCGAACCGAACGGCCUGCUGCUAUACAAUGGCGGGCGACGCAACGAUUUCGUUGCCGUCGAACUGGUCAAUGGUCACAUUCACUAUACGUUCGAUUUGGGCGAUGGCCCGAUAACGAUGCGCGACAAGAGCCGCCUCCAUAUGAACGACAAUCGUUGGCAUCAAGUCAGCAUCCGACGACCUGGUCCGAAGACGCAUACAUUGGCCGUGGACGACUCCUUUGAAAUUAUAACGCUCUCGGGCAAUAGUAUGCACCUGGAGUUGUCGGGUAUUCUGUAUAUAGGUGGUGUAUUCAAGGAUAUGUAUUCGAAAUUGCCGGCCACAAUAUCGUCGCGUUCCGGCUUUGAGGGUUGUAUUUCUUCACUCGAUUUGGGCGACACAUCACCAUCACUGACAAAUGACGCUGUAGUACCAAGCUCGCUUGUUGUGUCCGGUUGCGAGGGCCCAACAAAAUGUAGCCAAAAUGCAUGUGCGAACAGAGGCGUUUGUGUGCAGCAGUGGAAUGCGUACGCCUGCGAGUGUGAUAUGACAUCGUAUACAGGACCAACGUGCUAUGACGAGUCAAUUGCCUAUGAGUUUGGCAACAACAAGGGCAUCAUACAAUACACAUUCCCCGAAAAUGCUCAAGCUGAUACCGAAGAGGAUAACAUUGCCCUAGGUUUUAUAACAACCAAAUCGGAUGCGGUGUUGCUGCGCAUUGAGAGUGCCACCACCCAAGACUACAUGGAACUGGAAAUAGUCGAAGGCAAUAUAUUUAUGUGUUACAAUGUCGGCACCCGUGACCUGCCACUGGGUGAGAUCGGAACCAAAGUCAAUGACAAUACCUACCAUGUGGUGAGAUUCAGCCGAAAAGGAGGUAAUGCCACACUUCAACUGGACGAUUACAAUGUCCAGACACUAACGCCACUAGUCCACCAGUCAACCGUAUUUAAUACCAUGUCGAACAUACAAGUCGGAGGCAAGUUCAGCCGUUCGGGCCGGUCGCGCAUCGAACGUCCGUUUGCCGGCGUCAUAGCAGGCCUCUCGGUGAACAAGUUACGUGUACUGGAUCUGGCAGUGGAGCGUGACAGCCACAUAACCAUACGAGGAGAUGUUCAAUUGGUAACUGGAGUAUUAGAUAGAAAUGAUCUGCAAAGAAUGCAGCAGACACCGGCUAGUGGCUAUCCUGGUGCCAUUGAUGAUUUGAUAUUCUCCGGGGCCGGUUCGGGUUGUCGGGACGACGAUGAAGACGAGUGUACGCCACCGUUCGAAUCGAGUGGCGAUGAUUUGAUUACACCCGUCUAUGUGCCACCCACCAAACAGACCACCAUGCCUCAAAAUGUCAGUACGGACAAAACGAAUGGCACCGAAAGGGCCUGUGACGACGAAGAUUGUAUUCAUGGCUCGGGUGAUUAUGGCGAGACCACGGAACAAUUUACCUCGACCAGUACGGCUAAGGGAGCAGAAACACACAGUGAAGUGACCACCGAUAGCGUUACGCGUAGACAAGAUUCAACUACCGAACAACAGACCACAACUACAGUGGCCCAGACAACACCACAACAGACGACAGCUCUAAGCACUGUUGUGACCACAAGUCAAACGUCGCCACCAACAACCGUCCUUACCACAUCGACACAGCGCACAACUAGCACCAGCACAACUACAACAACGACCACCACCACUACGACAACGGCAGCUACACCCAUUCCCGAAAUACGUACCACUGCAACGGAACGCGAUACAACCACCUAUGACGUGGUGCACAUCUUCAAGUCCGACGACAAGAGCGAAAGUUCGAAUAUGAUCUACCCGCAGAUACCCGAAGAUCGUUUGCCACCCCCACCGCCGCCACCACCCAUACACGACAAUGAUGGACUGCCCUAUUUCCCCCUGCCGCCCCAGACCCCACCCUACGGCAAUAACAAUUAUCGACCCAAGGGAAAGGGCGGUCGCAUCAACUCCAUUGAAGAGGAACGCACAGCCAUGAUCAUUGGCAUUGUGGCGGGUAUCCUGAUCGCUGUAAUUUUAGUUAUUUUACUGGUUUUAUGGUUAAAAUCCAAUGGGGAUCGUAACUAUAAAACUGCUGGUGAAAAAACUAUUUACGGUACGCAUAAUCCUAAUGCCUCCCUACUGGGCAACACGAGCACCAAUGGCUCCUACCAUCAGCAGCGUCAGCAAUCGUCCACCACCAACACCACCAAUCACUUGCAAACGACGCAGGAUGCACGUUCGCGUUCUCACUCGGGCAUUGCCAUGCGCAACAAUGGCAACGCUGACAUGUGCGGACGAUCGCAGCCGAUGCGAGUCGAGCGUGUCUAUCACGACUCGACGGAUCAUAGCGAAGGCGAAGAUCGUCCCGGUCUAGUGAAAACGAAAAAACGUGACUCCAAAGAUGUCAAAGAGUGGUAUGUGUAAAUAUGUCACUGUCACUCGCCCACACUCUUUCCCACUCGCUCUAUCUGUCUCUGUCUCUC